CAGUUUUUUUUUUUUCCCUUGGCUGUACGAUUAGGAUGAGAACAAACGAUGAUGUCGGAGCAGGAGGUUCUGAAAUGCUCCAGUGCUCGGAAUCGAGGAGGAGUACAGCGGGUGGAAGGGAAAUUAAGAGCCAGCGUUGAGAAAGGGGAUUACUAUGAAGCCCAUCAGAUGUACCGCACUUUAUUCUUUAGGUAUCUGUCACAAGGUAAACAUGCAGAAGCCAGAGAGCUGAUGUAUUCGGGAGCUCUGCUUUUCUUCAGCCAUAAUCAACAAAAUAGUGCUGCUGAUUUAUCUAUGCUGGUUUUGGAGUCCCUCGAAAAAUCGGAUGCAAAAGUGAUAGAUGACAUUUUAGAGCACUUGGCAAAGCUGUUUAGUCUGAUGGAUCCCAAUUCCCCAGAAAGAGUAGCUUUUGUUUCCAGAGCAAUAAAGUGGUCCAGUGAAGGCUCAGCCAAACUGGGGCAUCCGAAACUGCAUCAGCAGCUCGCCAUCACAUUGUGGAAAGAGCAAAACUACAGCGAGUCUCGGUAUCACUUCCUGCACUCUUGCGACGGUGAGGGCUGUGCAGACAUGCUGGUGGAGUACUCAGCAUCGCGGGGGUACCGCAGUGAAGUGGACAUGUUUGUGGCUCAAGCAGUCUUACAAUUUCUGUGUUUAAAAAAUAAAACCAGCGCGUCCGUGGUUUUCACAACCUACACACAGAAACAUCCUUCCAUAGAAAAGGGGCCACCCUUUGUACAGCCUUUGUUAAAUUUUAUUUGGUUCCUAUUACUUGCUGUGGAUGGGGGUAAAUUAACAGUUUUUACAGUGUUAUGUGAACAAUAUCAGCCUUCACUGAAGAGAGAUCCAAUGUACAAUGAGUAUCUCGACAGAAUAGGACAGCUUUUCUUUGGCGUACCACCAAAACAGUCCUCGUCUUACGGAGGGUUGUUAGGAAACCUGCUGAACAGCCUGAUGGGGGCGAAUGAGGAGGAGGAGGAGGGAGAAGAGCGUCAGGAGGACAGCAGUCCUAUUGAACUGGACUGAGUCUGGGCUGGGGUGAAAGGGUUUAGGCUGCAUGGAUCUAACAGGGCUGUUUUAAUAAUAAAAACAAGGCGAUUAUUCUCAAUUCCUGUGUUGCCUUUGAGCAGAUGCAAAGGCCUCUUUCUUUGUUUGCGGAUGAAUUGCAGCACGUUGGGAAUGGUGGAUCACAUGACCUCAUUCCAAAGUGUUACAACAUAUCUACCCUGGUGUAUUGUGGUGGGUUUUCUUUCAUUAAAAAGGGAAAAGGC